AUGGAAUUCUCUAACUUGAUUUUUAUCAUUGUUUCUACAAACGACAAACUCGGUGACCUGGUAGGGCCUUUCCUUAUCUGUUUUAUCAAAUUUUAAGGUUCUGUUUGAAAAACAGCCUCCUGUUGGAAGCAUUGGGAUCAAUCUUCGUGAAACCUACGACAGUUACACCCUCCUCGGCAGUGAUAGGGUUCGUUACCACCUAGGCCUUUUUGCGUUUUUCGAUUGAAUCUUUGAUGUCGUGCUAGCCUUUUCUCCGCUCAGUUAUUGUCGGCAUCCCGUUUCCCUCUUGUGUGUAUUUAGCAGUUUUCGUGUAGAGAUUCUCAUUGACAGGCCAGUUCACUUAAGCUUCUGCCGUUCUUUUAAAGACAGUUGAGUCUCACCCGACUUUGUUUUCCUGGUCCUUUAAGUCAACCUAUUCCUACUGAUUUUGCUGAAGAUGUUUAACUACCUCGGCAACAGAUGCUGCUCAGUCAUGCAAACUUUUCAGUCGAUUCGAAAUCCCUAACACUCAUGAGUGCAAUUCUACCUCACUCUAAGAUCUUAGAGUGUGCAUGAUUUGCUGUUAAUUUUUGUAGUCCCACAAAUUCCCACAAUUUCACCUUAUUCUUUCCUUUAGGACGAAUCCCACUUACUUGCGAAAAAGAUAGCAAUGGACUUGAAGACAGACAAACCCGUCAUUGUCAGCUCAACUUUACGUUCGCCGAUUUCGUUUUCUGAUGCAUCUUUUUUGUGUGCUCAAUUGCAAAAUCAUUAG